AUGUCAUCAUCCGAUUUAAUGUUGACAGUAUCAUCAUGCAAUCCACCGAGUGAUUCAUCAUCAUCGGAGCCUCUCAUUUCCACUCGUUGGCGAGAUCUACUCCUCGAGAGUGCUAAUGGUUCUCUCUUCAUUCAUGAAAUCAUUCCGUACUUGAAUGUUCCCUUUCUUCUCAAUACGUUGUAUCUUGUUUCAAAACCGAUCGCAAGGCUCAUUCAACAACAAGAUCAUCAUACAAUUGUCGUGAAUCUUUCAACAAGCAGUAGUACUACGGAUCAUCCACCACAACCACAACAACAAAUCAACAAGACGGUUUUUAAAUCCAUGAUUUAUUUCGUGAAAGGUUUGAGAGUGGGUUAUUGGCCCUAUCCAUCGAGUCAAAAACAGCAAGAAUUGAAUCAUAACACGAGAAUGAAUGUAGCAAAGAUGGUAUUGGAACAUUUGGCCUGCCAUUCGAAUCGGAAGGAGGUCGUGAUGAUCGUGGAUGAACUGCACUACUACAAAGAUUUAUCAGUUGUUGCCAAUACUUGUAAAUCAUUGUUUUUAGAUAUUGCUCAACUCGUUUGCAGCAAUAUUCUAUUGAUGGCCCAAUUUUCAAAUCUUGUCAUCAAACAUGUGAAGAUUUGUAACGGCACCAUGAAAGCACUAACGAAUGCACUGGAACAAGGUCUUCAAAUUGAUCGAUUGACUGUUGGUGGAGUCUUUUUAGUUCAAGAAAUGAUUGACAUUUCACAAAUGUUUGGAAAAAACACAACGGUACUCGUUGAAAAAGUGGUUCUUACAAGUGAAGAGGCUAUUCAAUUGUUACCAAUUAUGGAUCAACUUGCGUUUUCAUCAUUGGAGGUGCUGGUAGAUGGAGGAUCAUCUACUGAGCUGAUGAGCUCAUUCAAAGUGAAAACAAAAUCGUUAACAAUAAGGGGCCCGAACAACACCAAUUCAAAGAUUUUUCUUCCCCAAGUAGUAUCGAAUACUUGUGAAAAAUUAGAAUUUGCUAAUAUUAGAGACAACUAUUUAGCUCAAAGUUUUACAACUUUGAACUUGUUACCAAAUUUACUGUAUUUGAAACAACUAGGGUUGGAUAAUUGCAAAAUUUCUAUUGCACAACAAGAAAAUGACAACAACAAUUCAGAAAGACAAUUUUACAUGCCCAAUCUCAAUGUGUUGACAUUACAAAGUUGUACAUUUUCAUUUGAAAAGACUACAGAUAGCGAUGAGGUUAUUUGGAGAGAAGAUAAUUCUCGCUUUAUUCACAUGCUUCAAAUACCCAAUGCCACAGAUAUCAGUUUGAUCAAAAUGAAUUUGAAACAGGUUCCAACAUGGAGCAGUGAGAACAUUCCAAAUUUGACUUCCCUUAAUUUAGAGGGCAAUCGAAUCAACGAUCAUACUUUCAACGUCUCCUACAUUUUACAACAUACCAAACUUAAGCAUCUCGUAUUACGUAACAAUGAUAUUCGGCUUGUAACUACUUUGGAACCUCUUUUCAAAAAAUUUCAACGUCUUGACAUUCGAGACCUUUCUAUUAAGGGCAAACUAAUGAGAGUGAAUGGAUCUAUUCAAUCAUACUCAGAAGAUAUUCUAAAAGAGACAGAACGAAACAAGUACUAUGACAGUCCCAGCGGUUGUAGUUUUGUAUUAGGAAGCGACGCAGACAUUUAUAGGCGCCUUAAAAGCUUAUUCUCUCGAGACGAGUUUGAGAAAAAUCCUUACAUUCCAGAGCCUCAUUAUUACCUUAUUCGAUAUUUAAAGAAGAGUGUGUUAGGUCCACCUCAAAAUAUUAUAUUCUGGAACGUGUUAUGUUCGGCACAAAUUGAUUCUUCGACAAACAUGGACUUGGUGCGAGAAAUUACUCAAUUUGCCGUUUACAAGAUGAGAGAGAAAAAGUGGUGCUUUUUUGCGAAAAUUUAUUUUACCAAAUCACGAUCUCAAUUAUGCAAUAUGGCGAGCAAAGAUAUGGAAUCUAGCAUUCCAUACAUUAUUACGAACUGGAGUUAUUUUGCAUCUCAUCUAUCUUUUGUGCGUCAAUUAAGAGAUCAAUAUGGCGUAAGAUAA